ACCCGCGCCGUCCUCACCUGUAAAAACAGAAGGCAAAAGAUUUUGAGGACUUGGAAUUACAAAGCUCCAGCUUUAUCCACAACUCUUAUCGGCAAAACCAGAACAGAAACUAACAAUGGCUUCCGCGACGGUGACCAUGACGGUGUCGUUUGGUCUGAGAUAUUCUCCAUUAUGCUCUUGCCGGGUGGGUCAAGCCCCGGUUCAGCUCCCUCAACUCAACCGGCCCAACUCGUUGAGACUCAGUUCCUCACACACCAUUUCUGGGUUCGGCUCGCUUCUUCCCCUCAGGCUUUGCACUAUCACUUCCACACCUCUUAGGCUUCGCUCCCUCACCAUUGUGGCACAUAAAGGCUACAAAAUGAAGACCCACAAGGCUUCAUCAAAGCGGUUCAGGGUGACAGGUAGAGGGAAAAUAGUUCGGAGGAGAGCUCGAAAGCAACAUUUACUUGUGAAGAAGAAUGCCAAGAGGAGAAACCGGCUCUCCAAAAUGCAUGCAGUUAGUCGAAGUGACUAUGACAAUGUGAUUGGAGCAUUGCCAUAUCUGAAAGUAAAUAGGAAGGCAGAAUAGAGAUGAUCUUUGAACUUGGUACACAUGGCAUUUUGGAUCUGUAAACCUGUAAUUUUCACAUCUUUGUAUAAGUGCUCGGUUGUUCUAAAUGAUUUAUUUAUUUUGUAUUGAAUCGACAGUGGUUGGUAUUACCUG